CAAGUUUUAAAGGGCAGAGUUGUAAAAACUCCCAGGCUGUGGGGAGUAAGUUUGGAAACCUGAACGUCGGAUUCAUCAUACCUCACUGACGCGAAAUCGCCUGGAUCAGCCAUAUAGUCGGCUCAACAUUUUCCAUGUCCUUUAGAAAGUGACACUAGGAGCUGUACGAGCUUAACAUUUCCUGGAGCAGACUGUGGCGGAUCUAGAACGACCUGCUGCGCAUUUCUUUAUCUUGAACCCAACUCUGCAGGGAGGAUAUUUAUUUUGUGAAGAAGUGCAACAACUGCUUCCUGUGGAGUUUUUUUUUUCUUUUUUUUUAUGCUAAGAAAAAGCAACUCUGAAGGUAGAAGGAACCCCAUUGUCACUGAAGCAGCUAUGCAGCUUGAAAUCCAAGUAGCACUCAACUUUAUUAUUUCCUAUUUGUACAACAAACUCCCCAGACGACGUGUGAAUAUCUUUGGCGAAGAGCUUGAGAGGCAGCUGAAGAAAAAGUAUGAAGGCCACUGGUAUCCGGAUAAGCCGUACAAAGGGUCGGGGUUCAGGUGCAUCCAUGUAGGGGAGAAGGUGGAUCCUGUGGUGGAGCAGGCAGCCAAAGAGAGCGGGCUGGACAUCGAAGAUGUCCGGAAUAAUCUCCCUCAGGACCUUAGUGUGUGGAUUGACCCUUUUGAGGUUUCCUACCAGAUUGGGGAGAAGGGACCAGUCAAGGUGUUGUAUGUGGAUGAUAACAAUGAAAACGGGUCAGAGCUGGACAAGGAGAUCAAGAACAGCUUUAAUCCUGAGGCCCAGGUCUUCAUGCCAAUCAGCGACCCUGUCGGGGCUUCUUCUGAGUCCAGUUCCCCCUCCCCUCCUUUUGGGCAGUCUGCUGCUGUGAGCCCAUCGUUCAUGCCACGCUCCACCCAGCCGUUAACCUUCACUACUGCCACCUUCGCUGCCACUAAAUUUGGCUCCACUAAGAUGAAGAGCAACGGCCGCGGUAACAACGGCAACAACAACAACAGCAGCAGCAGCAACAGCAAGGUGGCCCGCACCUCCCCAACCAAUAACCUGGGUCUGAAUGUCAACACUCUACUGAAGCAGAAAGCCAUGUCCACAUCCAUGCACUCACUGUACGGGCUGGGCCUGGGCCAGCAGCAGCAGCAGCAGAAGGCCUCUGCUCUGUCCCCCAACGCCAAGGAGUUUGUGUUUCCCAGCCUCCAGGGUCAGUCCAGCCCUGGAGCCGUGUUCCCCGGGGAGGGCUCCCUGGGGCUCGGCCCACUGCAGUACAACAAUGCCUUUGACAUGUUUGCAGCCUACGGAAGCCUCAACGACAAGUCCCUUAUGGAAGGUCUCAACUUCAGUCUGAGCAACAUGCAGUAUUCUAACCAGCAAUUCCAGCCAGUCAUGGCUAACUAAACUUACCAACAUGCUAUUUAUGAAUGACGGUGGCUCAAAGAGAAGGAAAAACAACAAAAAACGCACACUUAGAAACUGGACUGGAGGAUUUAGCGUUUAAUCAGUGAAGCGCAUGUGCCCAAGGGUGUUUUUACUGCGCCCCCUUGAGUUUGUUUCUACUAAAAGCUUGUUGUACAAACACAUCCAAGCUUGGUAACUAUAAUUCAACAUGCAUCAUUGUUUUUUCUUUUUCCUUUUUUGCCAACCAAGCACAUUUUUUUUUCUUUUUUUACUUUAAGAAACUACUCCCAAAAAAUGUAAAAGGAAAAAAAAAAAACAAGCUUCAAGUUUUGGCCUCUUACAGUAUUUUACAGGUGGUAAGACAAGGCUGAUUUUUAUGAAUUGGCACUACUAAGUGGGGUUACUUGGUCUUUUUCUAAUUGUAUAAUUUAAUUUAGUACAGAGUUUGUAAGAUAUCAGAGUAUAUAUUGUUUCUAUGACAUGGUGUUGCAUUUAUAUCUUUUUACUACUCCAGUGAUCUGUGAUGGCUGCAGCAGCUUUUCCUUAUUUUUCUUUUUUUAAAGAUAAUUGUUAAAUAAAUCCAUCUUUGAAAGGAAAAAAGAAAAAAAAACAUCAAAUAUUCUGAAGAUUAUGUACAGAGUAUACCUUAGUGGUGGAAUUCAAAUGUAGGAAUAGUUGCUUUUUCUGAAAGAUGAAUUGUAUUUUCUGUUAAGAGGUUAAAGAUUUUGCUAUACUAUGGACAAAAAUGUAAUCGUAUGAAUAUUAAUUUUGUACCUACAUUGUGCAAUACUUGACAAAGAAAAAAAUACGGUAUAACAAAGUAUUUUGAGUCAGUGUCUUACAUGUUAAGAGGGACUGAAAUAGUUUAUAUUGUUAAGUUUGUAUUAAAUGCUUAAAAAUGAUAUGCUUGUCUUUAUUUUUUUUAAUUUCAUAUUUGCACCCUGGUCUUUUUAAUAAAAUAAAACUACAGUUGAACAUGA